AACACUAACACUUUUUUUUUUUUUUUUUUUUUUGAUAACUCUGGUAUCUGGGCAGCCACAUUCUCAACUAUCCCCCCGAAAGGGGUCCAGCGCCCCAACGGAAGGGAUGUUAAAUCCGUUGUGGCCAAGACUCGAACCCGGGUGGCGGGCAGUACAGCUGUACCUCCUUUACCACCAAGCUACGAGCGCUUGGUUGAUUUAACAUUUAACAUUUAGUUGUGUAGUGGUGUACAUAGUUAUGAAGGAAGAAGCAAGAGUCAGUUGUAUUUUAAGGGUGCAACUGAAGCAAACCAUAGAACGUCCUGACUGGCUAAAUGCGGUUGAAACAUGACCAAUGGACACCGACCGUUUGGUAAAAUAAUGGAAGCUCCUUUUGUGUAAAUUAAUGAGGCUAGUAGGAAUAUGCAAGCUCUUGUGUGAACAGCCUACCUACAUCACACAUUGUUUUCACGAGUUUCAAUAGCAUAUACUUUAUAACAUAUAGUAUUAGUACUACUAAAUUAGUGUGUAUUAAACUCUCAAUCAAUAGAUACUAGUAUGUUAUUAAUGCAAAAGGAAGUAUGCGUGUGGCUUGAUAGUUAUGCAACAGAAAGAUAUCGUAGAGAAACAGUAGAUUAUCGUAUAGGUCAGGAAAUAACCAAUAGACAGCAAGGGAAUGGUGUUGACCUUUGUGACGUAAAGUUUGUACAUAGUUUAGCAAAUUGGAGCAAAGCGUUGACCUCUCGCCAUGGUUUCUUGAACUAUAAACAAACACUGAUCCUAAGAUUUGUGGACGUAUUUUGACCAGUUAAUUUAGUCAAGAUUUUCCUUCGAUAUAUUUCACAACUCACUAGUUCGGUUACCCAUGAAUCUCUUGGACGUUCACUUUAGCUCUAUUCACAAUUUACUACCUACAUCUAUCAUUAUUUGAUUCGGUUCGGUAUUUUUCUAUUUCACGAGUUUCAUAUGACCAUAUUAGAUGGUUCCAUAUAUUAAAUUUAUAUUUUUAUUUUUAUUUUUAAGAUUAGAUUUAUUUUUCAGACCAAGCAUGUUUUCUGAUAUGAACAUAGGGUUUGUGGUAAUGAAGAAAUGCACUUUAAUUUUAACGAGCUCGCUCAUAUUUCUCGAAAUUAAAAAUUUGUUUGUUUGAAAUGUGUCAUAUUUUAAAGUUUUUGACUUAACCUUCGUCUUAAUAUUUUAUUGCUACAAACUACAAUGUACAAUGGCCUUUCAUUUAUACUAAAAUAUAUAAUCGUGUUUGAUUGGGCGUAUAAGGGUCGAAUUCUAGAAUUCAAGUUAAAGCAAGUGUCUAUUAGAGGAUGUAUAGCUGCCAUUUGCUUAAUUUAGAAAUAUAAAUCAGUGGUUUGCGGUAUUUCACAACAAAUGUAAAAUCAUUAUAAGUAACUUAAAAUUACAGAUAAAUAUAACUAAGACGAACGCCUUUGCUUCGCCUUGCAUCUCGCCUUAAUCAGCUCGGACCGGCCCAGGAGGCGAUGCGAGGGAUUCACUCAUGGUUCGUCACCCUCACCCAUAUAAACGUAAAAUUUAUAUGAUUUUUUUCUUAUUUUGUGUGUUCAUAUUUAUAUAGUUUAUUUAUUCUCUUUGACAAGAAAAAUGUCAACCAGAGCUUCUAGCUCUAGUGGUAAAGGGUUUACAGCUGUGAGUGCCACCACCUGGGUUCGAAUCCCGGUCACUGGAGAAUUAACAUUUCGGUAUCGCCAGGGACAGAGGACCGACACGUGGCAACACGUGACUAGUCUGGAUCACUUCUGUGGGGCCGGGAUACCUCUGUAUAAUUCAAAAAAAAAAAAAAAGACAAGAAAAAUGUAGAACUUCUAAUCGGAUAGCCAUUUUCUAUAGAUGUAAAAUCCACAUGUUCAUCAUAGUAUCACUACAACAAUGUUAAAACCGUUCACUACAACAAUGUAUUCUAAAAUGGCUUUCAAAAAACAAUGUAUUCUAAAUUGUAAUGCUGAAACACAAUGAUUUCGAUGAAUUCAAAUACUCCACCACAAAAUCAAAUAUUCAAAAUUCAUUCAAUAUAAAGCAAGAGAAAGAAACAAAAUUACACAAGCCCAUCAUGCUUAGUAAAUGAUAGAUGAUGCAAAUUCUUUAGUAUAUACAAGUGGUGCUGGAAGUACUACGUUAAUCAUUAGUACCUAAGAUUAACUCGUUUUUAUUUCAAACACCACGCAAGUUUUUACUCCAAGUAAUCGCAUUUUAAUUUCUUUUAUAAACGCCUAUAUGUACCUCAACGUAAGCAAAUAAGCAUGUGCAUGUACAUGCCCAUAAAAUGGUAUACAACUGAAAUGAGAAUUAAAGAAUGAUACGCCCCUCUCCCCGAUAAAAAAAAGAUCGCUUGAAACCUUUCUUUGCCUUUUUAACCACAUUUCACGCGUCAACUCGUCUCGAUCACAACUAUAAACACUAAGUCCACCCUCUCCUCAAUUUCUCACAACACAAUUUCGCUCUCUUCCUCUUCACAUUCACAUAAACAGCAAAAGAAGAAGACGAAGAAAGAGACAAAGAAGAAACGAAGAACUAUAUCUCUCUAUCUCUUGAGCUCUAACUAACUCACAAAACACACUCAUACAUCAAGAGAAAAUGGCUCAAUUCAUGAAGAUAUUCGUGGCAAUGGCAUUCACAAUCGCAAUCACGGUCGGCGUCAUUAGUACCACGACCACGACCGCAACACUUUCACUCCAAGACCCUGUUAAGGAUCUUACACAGCCAGGCGCGGUAAAGAUCAGACCGAGUCGCUUCUUGGCCCAAAAGGUCAACGAGGGCCAAGGACCUAAAGCCCGAAACCCUAAUGCAGCUGACCAUUGCAACAAGGAGCCAGAGAUCUGCAGCAGCAGCUAUUACAGCACCGGAGCAAACUCUACAAUGGCUUGUUGCAACAACAAGUGUAUGGAUCUAUCAGCCGACGACAAAAACUGCGGUGCAUGUAAGAACAAAUGCAAAUUCGGGCAAACGUGCUGUCGCGGUCAGUGCGUUUACGUGGCUUACGAUAAGCGCCAUUGCGGUGAGUGUAACCAUAGAUGCAAUCUUGGCGAGCUCUGCGUCUACGGUCUCUGUAACUACGCGUGAUGAAUCAAUCAUUCAUUACCGUAAGAAGAAAAAACAAAUUUAAGUAAAAUAUACGGAUGAUUUAUUUACUUGGACGCUAAUUAAAGAAAAGGUCGUUCCAAUUAAUUAUUUACUUCAUAAUUGAUUAAGUGUUGUGUGUAUUUUUGGAUUCCCAUAAUGUUUUGAGGGGUAUAUAAAAAGAGAACUUUUUCUACUUUUAAUGUCUUCGAAUAAAAUGGAACAUCUCGUGUCCAGUCCUAUUGCUGUUUUUAGUAAGUUUAUAUAAGAGUGUGUAUUAUAUUAUAUACACUCGUAAAUCAUCAAUAAUGUUAUUAUACUUAUACAUAAAAUAAAAUCUCUUUCCUCUCAGCACAUCUCGACAUUUACAGAUGUACAUAAAAGUAUAUAUGAUUAGUACAAACUGAUAGAUGACAUAGUUCUAAAGAAAAAAAUUGACAUAAGAAAAUAUAGAAGACUCCAUUGCUUCUCCUAUUGAGUCUUUGACGGGCUUCGAGUGACAUACUGACAUUAGCAAUUUGUCUUCUUCUUAUGGAAGUUGCUGUGUUUGGUGUUUCAGAGGUUCGGUUAGACUUUGCUCAUUGAUUCUCUGUCUGAUCUAGGCGUGACUUGGUCUCUUCGUAAAGCUCUCUACCUAGGCAUUCAACGGUCGUUUUUGACCCAGUCGCUUUCGAGAGUAUAUGUGUAACGGCCUUGGCCCGAUGAACCUUAUCAAACACUCUAACCCAAACCUUUUCGUUCAAAAGCUCUUAUUAAAACUCAAACUGUCUUACAUAAAACCGAACUCAACUAAAAACUGAAUGUCGAAUAAAACUUAAGAAGAAAUGGUUGAAAGAAAAGAGUCCCAAAAUGAAAGACUCGAGAAAACACUUGCACCAUACGGACAUCUACUCCCGCUCCCUCUCGGCCGUACCUGUAAAAAGAGAGGUGAGUACACAAUACUCAGUGAGGGCAGGUUCUAGGAACCCACGAACUCAGCUCAGGAAGAGCAAACAAUCACAAGUCAUGAGCUAAUAAGAUCUAUUACACAGAAUCCCAUGCUACCCGACAUGAACUAAAGACCCUACAAUGCACAUCCUUUUCAUCUUUUCAUCUUUUCAUCUUUUCAUCUUUUCCUCAGUGGGUAGCCCCUCACUAGGCUUCUACCCCAUAUUCAUGUGGAUUGGCCACAUCUCCUAUGGGUGCUUCCAUAUUCAUGUGGAUUCGCCACAUCUCCUAUGGAUACCUAGCGUGGACUACUUACCCCACCUACUUUCCUUAGACUCUCUAUAUGAUCCUUUAUUCGUACUUAUAUUUACAUCUUUCACUUAUCAUUCACAACACGUCUCAUCAUCUUAUCAUCAUAUUCUUGACCACCCUAACAUGCCUACGUUCUUAUCACUUCAACACAUACUAUCGUCUAAACAAGAUCAAUCACAUAACAUAUCACGCAUACACACAAGAUCUAGAUCUGAUUAACAAAGGACUAAGUCCCAUUGGUUACUCAACAUGAGGCAAGUUCACAGCAAGUCCUCACCUUGGCUUUUUGCAGAAGUAGAUCUGGAUCUAGGUUUGGGGAAACAGUCACUUCUCGAGAUCUGGUUUGAGAAUCGGAUUCACACAAGAGAGAGAUGGUUUAGGAUCUGUCAUUCCCCAAUGACUUAGAGCUAGAGAUCUUAGUUUUACCUUUAGGGUUCAGAUCUCAGUUGCUUGCACGAAACUGAAUCACGGAGGCGGCGGCUAGGGGCUCGGUCGCGGCGGCUAGGGCUUCGCGGGCGGCUGGCGGCUGGCUUCGCCGGAGACGGAGCGGCGGCCGCUUGAGGCGGAGGCGGCGGCGGGGUUCUGCUCGGGCAGGGCUUCGCUUGCUGUCUCUCUUGUGGCUGAACCCUAGGGGAACUUCUCCUUUUAUAAGCAAUGGGAGGGGUUAUGUCUAGGGUUUCUUCUUCUUGGGCCUCCUGCACUUGAGUUCCCUUUUGGGCCGGGUCCGGGAUGUUACAAUUACAAUAUGUUUGGUUAGGGUUUUCUUAGAUCCUUUCUUGCCACAAUAUGAAGUUUUGGUUGCUUGGGUUUCUGAGGUGUUUCCAUUCAAGGAGAAAAUGGUUUACUGGUGGUUUGGCCGUGGACAUUUUCAAUAAGUAUUUUUCAUUGAAUUUUCAGAAGUUAAGACGCUUUGCUCGACGGGGGUCUCUGCAGAUGUGUUUGGAUUCAGUCUGUUUUUUCUUUGGUUAAUCUUUUGUGUCCUCUGUAUGCAGUGGCGGAGCCGAAUCUUUUCUUACCGGGAUCAAAAUAUUGUUUAGUAAUUACCAAAAAUAUUUCUAUAUACUAAUUUUUCAUUUUAAAAUAUUUUUCUACGGCUUAAUUUAUUUUUAUAAAAUAUUUUCUAACUUAAUAUAUUUUGUAACAUAAAAUAAUUUUCCAGAAAACUUAUAAAUUAAAAUAUUUUAAUAGCGAUAUAUAAAUAAAAUUAACUUUAAAAUUACUAUAAUUUUCAAAACAAAAACAAUUCAUGAUAAAAAUCAGUCAGUUUAAAAAUCUUAUUAAUCAAAUUCAUGAAAUGAAUCAAUUAAUAAACAUUUUCUCAUAAUUUAAUAAAAUCUAAAAUGGCAUCUAAAAUUGUUAAAGGGUGAUUAUUAGAUUAAACAAUUUUUAAGAAAUCCAACAUGAAUAUAUAAAGUGUUUUACCUUUUUCAGAAAAAAAAAACAGUUAAGAAAAUAAUAGAAAAG